UAGACUGGGGUUUUGUUUUGCUUGGUGUGGAUCGAUGGGUGCACGAUGUGUGCGCGCGCUUUUCUGCCUCUAUUGUAAAUGGUGAUGGGGAGCGCGGGGGGGCCCCGCAAAGAGUGAAGGGGCGUCACCAUCUGUUCUUAAUUCCCUGGUCAUUGGAUUAGUAGCCCUCGGUGAUGAGAUCAGCAGGAUCAGCUUUCAGGAUGGGGCACUGUACUGGUUUCAGCUGCAGGCUCUUCCCAUCUGGGCUGUCUGUGUCAUGAAGAAGUGGGGGGGGAGGAGGAGCAGGAGCGGGCAGAAAAGAAAGCUGAAGCACAAAAGCGACUGGAGCCUUUGAAGGAACAACAGCAAGGCAGCCAGGGCUGCAAAGGGCAGCCUGCCCAGAGGCCACUUUUCCUUCUGUGGAGAGUUUACAGCGGGGAGUUUCCUGUCUAUGCAGCUCGCCUCGAUUGUCUCUUGCAAACGCGUGGAUCCCACUGAGUAAGGGGACGGGGGAGGGAAUUGGACGCUUCUCUCUGGGCUUCCCUUUCCUCAGGGCCCCCAGCGCGUACCCCACACACCGAUGCAGCUCUCCCACGGCGAUUGAGCUACAACUUCUUUAAAAGUCUUUCAGCUUUAUUUUAUAUAUAUAUAUAUUUUAAGCCUGGCAAGAUCUGCUUUGGCUAACCUACACUGGAGUUCGGACGUUUCCCUUUCUUCCUCCCUCUUUCUCUCUCCUCCUCCUCCCACCUCCCCUGUUGAAGGAAAUACUCUUGCUAAGCCCAAGAAGAUCUUGUUAGCUCUGCCUACUAUCGGCUUCCCUCCUCCUUCCUGGAUUUGAUAUACCCAUAAAGAACCAAUCCAGGACCUACCGGACCAGCCAAGCGAUGCUUUCGUGUUUUCAUGGAGUAUAUUUUCAGAGACAGCUUUAAGAGGGUCCAAAACGGAGCAGGGAGCUGACUUGCCGCUGCCUUCACUUGAGAGCGCUUUCAUGAGUUAACACCGGACCCAGGUCCACCCUUCAUUUCCUGCAGCCAAGCAAUCUGCAGCCAAGCAAUGGGCCAAAAAAUCUCAGGGAGCAUAAAAUCUGUUGAUGUAAGGGAACCCCCUUACAGGCCUGUCAAACGAGAACUGAGGGGCCCAGAUUUCUGCAAACCUGCCCGGCUCGAUAUGCUGCUGGAUAUGCCCCCAGCCCAUUUGGAGGUUCAGUACAAACAUGCAUGGAACAACGAAGACCGGUCCUUAAAUAUAUUUGUAAAGGAAGAUGACAAACUGACAUUUCAUAGACAUCCAGUUGCUCAAAGCACAGACUGCAUCCGAGGAAAAGUUGGCUUUACAAGGGGGCUACACGUCUGGCAAAUUCACUGGCCCACCAGGCAACGAGGAACACAUGCUGUAGUUGGAGUGUCGACAGCAGAAGCUCCAUUGCAUUCUGUAGGAUAUACAUCUUUGGUUGGUAGCAAUAGUGAGUCUUGGGGCUGGGACCUUGGACGUAACAAACUCUAUCACAACUGUAAAAAUCAGCCUGGUGUGACAUAUCCUGUAUUUUUGGAACCAGAUGAGUCUUUUGUACUCCCAGAUUCCUUACUGGUGGUUUUGGAUAUGGAUGAAGGGACACUUAGCUUCAUCGUAGAUGGACAGUACCUUGGAGUGGCCUUCAGGGGACUAAAAGGGAAAAAACUCUAUCCCAUAGUCAGUGCAGUAUGGGGGCACUGUGAAAUUACAAUGAGAUAUAUCAAUGGACUUGAUCCGGAACCCCUGCCUUUAAUGGACCUGUGCCGAAGAUCAAUUCGCUUCGCUCUGGGCAGAGAACGCCUGCAUGAUAUAGAAACUUUACCUUUGCCUCAGUCUCUGAAAAAUUAUUUACAAUAUCAGUAAGACGAAUUCUAGACCUCUAAAUGGUAGAAAUUGUUUACAUCAGAAUAUAAAUCUUCGUGGUGGAUCGUUUGAGUGUUGUUUAAUUUUUUUACAUUUUUUUUAAUCAACCAUGGCAGAACAUUAUGGAGACUACUAAGGAAUGUGAAAACACUUCAAAUUGCUUUUGUUCUUUCAGUGAAAUAAUUGUUGCCUACACUGUUAGCAGCCUUGUUUAUGCAGAAUCCAAAGCUUGUCUUCACAGGUUCGAUCCAAAGUUGUGGUAUAUGUUGGCCUCAGUCUCGCAUUGGAUAUUGACCAAAUGAAAGUCUAAGCCACAGAAGUUGCCUUUAUGUAAGGCUUUUCUUUUGUACAGGUUACUGCAUGGCUAAUUAAAAACUCACAUACAACUGUUGGGAUUUGUCAAAAGUCAGAAUCUUGACUCUUUUUAAAAACAUCUUAAUUAGUAGAUAUGCCAAGUAAUCUCAAUUCCAUAGCCAUCAGCUGUGAUCUAAAGCGCCAUGAAUAUUAGGGGCUUUCUUGUGAAGAAAAAUGCUCCAGAGUGCACACCAGAUUCUCAUGUGCAUUGUAUAAGGGAAUGGGAAACCCUUGUGCAUGUGGAUAAUUGGAGCUGCAUUGGAACUGCUAGAUUGUGGCCUUUACUUUUAGGUGCUCUGCCUUCCAUGCUCUUGGUACAUACAGUACACCACUUGCCAUAUUUUAAAUUAUUUUAUAGAACAGCUGUGUCUUGAUUAUAAAGGUAGUUGAUCUUUCUCUUUUGGAAUUAAUUCAACUGAGUAUAAAUCAAUUAAGCUGCUAUACAUAAAUUUAAGCUGAUUUUGUCCUAUUGUUUCAGUGGGAUGAGAUUUGCUCAAAUCAAUGUUCUUUAGCUUAACAUGCUGAUUAGGCUACAUACUGGCUUUUGUUAAGCAUUGUCAAGACCAAGAUUUUCCUCAAAUAUGUCACUUUUUAUUUUUGAACAAUUUUUUUAUUUGUACUUCAUGAAUUCCAAAUACUACAUUGCCUUUUAAUGUGUAUGUGACAGAGUGUUUUGCUUAUUUGUUCAAGCUCUGUAGAGAGUGACACAUUUAAUUGUUUUCUCACCAGAGUAAGAUGGCAUUAGUCAUCCUCUACACUACUUAAGAUGUAUUAAUAAUUUGCCAGGAUCAACUUAUUUUUAAAGACACUGCCUUUUCCCCCAUUUCCUACUAUGUUCAAAGUUUUCUGCCUGAUCAGUUAUCUAGUUUUUAACUGGAAGUUGUUAUAAUGGCAGGAUGUCGAAUGUUUAUAGACUGAGCUGCCUUCAGCAUAUUUUAAUGUGAAUUUACCGAAGAAUGAAGAAGUUUCUAAUAAAGUCUACUGUCCAAA